AUGGAAGAGGCAUCAUUCGAUCAAGUUUCAUUUGUAACUGUUUCUGAUCCAUGUUCUACUAUUAAGGGAUCUCCAUUUCAAACCCAUAAUAUUCAUAGUAAUAAUUUUGCAGAUAUUACAACUACUACUACCACCAUCCAAGGACAUCAGUUGAGUAAGUUCAACACAACUACGAGAUCAGAAAGAGAAAGGCCUACAUCAAGAUGGAGUAAGAUCUUUGAAACGUCAUCUAUCAAUGAACCAGAGUUGGGAGUUAAAGGAGUUCAUAAUUCAAUGUUUUUUAAUCAAUUUAAUACUAAAAAAUCAAUGGGAGCUGAAUUUAAUGUUAUGGAUCAAAAAAGUAUCACUGAAACAAACUUAAAUAAAUCAAUUGAUUCAGAAAUAGAUCAAACAGGUCAUAAAGAAUUACCCCAUGAAAAGUUGAGUAAACAAACUUUAAAUGAAUCUGUGGAAGAUUUGGAAGGGGAAAUACCAACUCCUAAAACAUGGUCAAUUAUUAACUUUUUCAGUUGGUCAGCAAGAGUAAAUGAUACGAAUAGUGAUGAACCAGUUAAGAGAACAACUACAACUACAUCAGCAACAGCAACUGCAACAACAACUACAACUUCAACUAGACAAUCAAUUAAAGAUACAUUAUUCAAAUUGAAAUUAGAUAAACCAUUCUUACCAAAAUUAAAGGAAAUGGUUAAAGUUGGACCAAAAGUAACAAGACAAGCUUCAUUAACUAAUCUAUUAGAUUUAUAUGAUUAUCCAGUUACUCAAAGUGCAUUACUUGAAGAUAAAGUAUUUUCCCCAAAAUCACAUCGACAAAUAUUUAAAGAUUUAGAAAAGAUUGAAGAAGUUGAUCCCGGUAUUAAUCAUAAAUCUAAACGAGAUAUACUGACAUUCAGAUAUUUAAAAUCUUUCUUUAAAGAAGAAGUUCCUGAGGUUAAAGAGGUUGAAAAAGAACAAGUUAUUCCAUUAUCAAAGACUGUUUCAAGACAACUGACCAUAAUAUCAGUACCAGAUAGUGAUGAUUCAUCUCCUGAUGAGCCAAUAAAUUCAAAUGGACCAAUAGUUCAACCAAAAAGAUAUUAUAAAACUAUUGAAGAAGUUAUAACAGAAGGUGACCCUAAUAUACUUGAUGAAACUAUAAUUAGAAAACAAUCAUUAGAACCAGAACCAGAAGAAUGGAAUCAACAAAGUCCUGGAAUACCAAAUCUGUCAAAUUAUGGUACAGGUCGAUCACAGCCAACUUCACUUAUUAUUGAACCAUGGUCACAUUUCACUACUAUUAGGAUGAAUGCUGAAAAAUCAAUUAAGAAGAAGGUUCCUGAAUCUAAAGAAAAUUUUGAAGAUUCUCUUAAUGAAUUAGAAACAUUAUUACUGAAUUUUCUUCAAACUGAUGAUCCUGCAAUAUAUGAAGGGAAAAAGUUAUAUUUACUUGAAAGGAUUAAUGAUUUAAAGAUUAAACAGAGUAAUAAUCUGGAAAAUAAUGCUCUCUUGGAACGAUCAUCCAAUAAUAAUAAACCAUUUUUAAAAGAUUCAACCCAUUAUAAUAGUACUAAUGAUCCAUCAUUAUGGAAAGAUGAAACUCAAAUUGAAGAUAUUAUAGAAGAAUUUUUAACUAAAUCUGCCUCUAUAUCAUCAAGUCAAAAAAAGGGUGCAAAAAUUGAUGCUAUAUUUGAUGAAGAUUCAAAUGAAGAAAAUGGUGAGGAUGGUGGUUUAAGUGCCCAAGUUGAUUAUUUAACUCCAUUUAUAACUAGUAAACCUACUUUAGAUAGAGAAUGGUCAUUAUCCAGUCUGGAAUUCUUUUCACCUCAAUAA